AUGCCGAGAAUGGCGGAGGGGAGGCGGACGGACGCUGGCAUUUUUGGCUCUAUCGUGAAGUCCAUCAUUCUGCCCAGGCCGAGCCCGAGCUACGACACGGCUGUGCACCCCGGCAAACUGCUGCACAUCCCGAAGGUCGACUGGAGUACGCGGCAGGAGAACGGUGCCUUCACAUACGGGCUGCUGCUGCUCGACCCGACGGCGAAGUACCUCGUCAUCUACGCCCACACCAACGCGGUGGACAUGGCGAUGAUGUUCGACGAGCUCUCGUACCUGGGCGAGCGUGCCUCCACAUCGGUGCUUCUCUUUGAGUACACAGGCUACGGCAUCUCCGACGGUGAGACGACGGAGAUAUCCAUGAACGAAGACAUGCUCUCCGCCUACUGCUAUGCCGUUCGCUACCUUCAAGUGCCGGCAAACCGAAUUGUUCUCAUGGGUCGCUCUAUUGGCACGGGGCCAUCAGUGCAGCUGUGCGCUCUCCUGCAGGACGCGGAAGAGACGCCGGCGCUGCUGGUGCUGCAGUCGCCCUUCACCUCGGUGAUGGAGUGCGCCAACAAAAUCACACACGUUGGCUCCAUAAUGGGCUUCCUAGGCUACGACUGGUUUCGUACCAUCGAUGUGAUUGCACGGGUACGCUGCCCUAUCAUCAUUCAGCACGGGGGUCUUGACGAUGUUGUGCCCUUUGAGCACGCGGAGCGGCUUAAGCGCGUCAUUGAAGAUGCGACGCCCCCCGGCCUCAUCGAGCUGCACGAGGAGAAGACAUGCAGGCACAACGACCUCCCGGUGACGAACGCUGCGCACAUCGUCGGCAAGAAGCUGCGUGGUCUGGGGCAAGAGCGGUGCCUACAGCUCAAAUGCCGACCGUACCGGCUGGUGAAUCCGCCCAUUUACGAAUAUCUUUUCUGCGUCAAUGGCANGCGGAUCACAUGUGUUGAAUCGUUGCUGCGUCACUGGAACGAGACACUUGCUCUGGGCUCCUUCGUGUGCAAACGAGAGAAGCUACACGUUCUCCUUGUUGCGAGUGUCGCGCUAUUUGCAAUGCGCUGCGCGCUGGUGUGGCAGCGCUACAUAGGGAGUUGGAAACAAGACCACAGCGGCAAGGCGGCCGGAGAGGACCCGCACUGCAGUAAGGAAGAAAUCAUCAACCGCUGCCUCGCUUGCUGGGGGAGUCCCCUCGGCAUCUUUGUCGGGGCGCAGGGGAAAUCGCCGGUGCACAAAAUAUUCGGCGUGCAUUUCCCAGCGAAUGGUGUGUCGAGUAGAAACGACAGCAGCAACAUCGGCAGUUCGUCUUUCAUGGCGUGCGACGACCGCCCGCCGCACUUUGGCGUUGCCGAGCUUGAGUUCACACCAGGAUUGAUGAAGAGUGUGGUCGUCGCGGUGUCCACGGCACCAACCCUCACAGGAGAGGCAAAUGACAUGGGUGUGUUUCUCCAGAAGGACAUCGUGACGUGGAUACAGACGGAGUGUGAACGUAUCAUGGCCUUUCUCGAUGACAACGAAUGGGAGAAUCUCCGUAUUUUACUGCUUAACUUCAACGCGAAGGCGCCUACAUUCCUGAGCAGCAAGGCGCUUCACUUGUUCAAUGAAUGCACAUCGCCGAGUGGCGAGGAGAGCACGCACCGCAGAAAGAAGGAGUCUAUAGUGGACCUGGAGGAGUGGCUGCAGCCAUGGAUAGCGAGCACCAAGGCACAAUCGAACUUGGGUGGUGAGGUGCCGUGGGAUUACUACUUGUUCAAGGCACGCCGAUGUGUGCGGGAUGACCACCAGCUGCGGGCCGACUUGUGCUGGCUGGAGACGAGAAAGAUCGUAGAAGCUUGGCGGGUAGUCGCAGAGAUCCACCGUCUGUUUAAGAAGUACUCGCGUCGCUGCUUACGUCCAACAUUCAUUGCGGUAUAA